UUGCUCUUUAGCGAAGCGUCAGUAAAGCGCCGGUAACGUUUGCCUCGGUUCUGUUCGAUUAAUCCUGUUCUCUUGAUCUCGCUGUGUUCUUCUAUAGAACAGGAUUUUCCUGUAUGCGAGGAAUGUGCGUUGCAUCGCGUAGCGUAGUUUAACUUUGUUCUGCGAAAGCGAAGUAUUUCGCAGGCUAAUUACAUCCAUUCGCCGUAUUGUUCUACGUCAAGCCAAUUGCACGAGCGCGAAUAAUCGAGAUCAAUUAAGCGAACGCGAUGACUUCCGCAUAUGAAGCGAUCACGGAACGCGAACAGCAGCAGAAGGCGACGACUCCGCGCGCUGCCACUAAAGCUCACUUCGAUAAUCGAGAGUUAGCUAACCCGGACAAUCCUAUCACCGAUAUGGCGGAUUCCUCAUUGUCACGUGAAGCUAAUCUUGCAACAGAUAGUUCUUCCGAGCAACUUGCCACGGAAGUCAACGUUUUGCCCAGUGAAUCAUUUCAAGAGGAUCUAAGUGCGCUGGAUGAAAAUGCGUGCAAAGAAGAGGAUAAAAAUGAAAAAAGUGUCGAUAUUUCGCGAAUGAAUAAAUCCAAAAAGAACGAGGAGUUGAGGAUCAAUGAGCAUAAGGAGAAUUCGGUUUUAAAUUUAUCAGCGAAUAAUAACGUAGCGCCGGAAAAUGUAUUCACGUAUCACGCAAAGGAAGACGAACACACUGAGGACGACAAAAUCCAGGACCAAGAGAGAUCCAAGGAUCAGGAUCAACGAAAUCGGAGCAUAGUGGAAAUUGGAGUACAAGAACGAUAUAUGAUAUGCGAUAGCAAUAUUCAUAUCAGAGAUAAACAACGAGAUUUCACAGCGGGAGAUAUACGAGCUUGUUACGAGAAAGUGGCGGAACUUGGUCUGGAUAUGAAGGCCGAGAUGCAAAACGAGGGGACGGAAAGGGAGAUUAUUAUCGGCCGCCAGGACAGCGAUUCGUUCUACGAUGCCGUACGAUCGGGAGAUGUUAAGCGCGUCUCAGCGUUGAUCGCCAGCGGCUGCGUGCAAAACCUGGACGAACCGGAUUGGAACGUGUCGGGUGAUCCACCCCUACUGAUCGCCGCGACGAAUCAUUGUUUGCCUGUGCUCAGGACACUGUUGACAAGCGGAUGCGAUCCAACUGUGCGUUCCCCGCGUGGUGAAACGGCACUUCAUAGAGUGAUUCUGAACGGCAGACCAGGCAAUGUGUUGAAAUUCGUGAAGGAUCUUUUGGAACACGGCUGUCCGCCGAGCGUCAAAGAGGCCGGCGGUGGAUCAACCGCGUUGCACAUGCUCUCCCGUCAGCUGGCACACACACCGCUAAAGUCUCAUCAUCACGAUUUCGACGCCGCCUUGAAGACGCUGGAAUUGCUGGCGAAUGCCGGACCCGUCAACGCCAAGGAUCAUCAGGGCCGAAGCGCCCUACACAUCUUAGCAUCCUCCACCGUAUUCGAUAACAAUUGCAAGACGGACAUCGAAUCGGUGAUCGGGACGCUCCUGACUGCUGGGGCUGAUACCUCGCUGAAGAAUGAUCGCGGCGAGACAGCGUUGCACGAGAGUCUGGAGUGCGGGGCAUUGAAUACCGCGACGUUCUUGAUGCCGCUCACGCCGACAGGCAUCGCCUCGCGUUAUGGCGAGACCCCGUUGCAUAUAGCCGCCCGGAAGAAUCACAUCGACGUGGUGAUGUGGCUGCUGGAUCAUGGCGAAGAUCCGGGGACACAAGAUGCCGGCGGUAACACGCCGUUGCAUCUCGCGUCGGCGAGGGGAUUUCAUCAGACAGUGUCGCUGUUGGUUACCUCACCCCUGGCUCAGUUGGAGAGGGUCAACGUUGAUGGUCUGACAGCGCUACAGGUUGCCGCCGAGAGCGGAUUUUUCGACGCUGUCAAGGUGCUGCUCAAGGCCGGCGCCGAUCCCAGUCAAACUUUGCGCUAUUGCGCGACGAUCCUGCGCCGUCAUCCCGACAUUUCUCUGCUCAUCGAUUACGAAUUGACCAGACGUCGGCAGCUCGCCGCCUGAUCAUUCUAUGAUUCUUGCCUCUGGUAUUCAGUAAUUGCUUAAAAUUACUAAAUAGAGGUUACUAUAUAUAAAAUUGUCACACACUUGUUAUUGCUCAAUGUUGCGAUAUAUAUCGCGUAUUAAUUAUAUCGAAAUUUAUAUCGAAAUUCUAUGUGCAAUCGUAAGUAUAAUAUAAAAUCUUGUUGCCAUAUAAAUCUCGAUUAUGAAAAGUGCAACUGUUUUUGAAAAGACUGCGAUAUAUGAGAGAUUUACAAUAUUUUAUUUAGAAUAUAUAAGAUAGCGAAAUGUAUUAUGUGCAGAUUUUUACAUUUUCAUAUUAUCGUAAUUUUUCCUCAUCAUUAUUAUUGCAUUUAAUAUUGCAAUUACGUUUACUUGUUGUCAUAGCCGAAAUAUUUGAAGAGGGGUUAAUAAAAUGAGAUAGUUUUUAUAAUAUUAGUGUAUAUUUUAUAAAUCCAUACAAUCUGUAAAAUAAAGCGCGAAAAUGAAUAAAACGGGAGCAUGUCUGUGUAUGUACAGCUAUAUAAGUGUAUAAACGGAUUUUAUAUAAACCAUUUCCCUCAAAGUAUCAUAUGAUGUCUGGAAGGCUGUGUUAGAGUUAUAACAUAAACAUUAUAUAAUAAUCUCUCUCGUACAUAAUGUACAUAUAAUGUAUAAUUCACUAUACUUUGCUACAUUAAAACGUUAAGAAGACACUGUAUAAAAAUAAAUACGUCUUCCUUCUAUUUCAUAUAGGCUUCUUCCUAUUACAUGCACAUAGGAUA